CAAUUGGCAAUUGGCAAUUGGCAGUUGGCGAAUGUAAACAUGGGGCAUACUGUUUGCCGAUCCAUUGAUUUGUGGAGUCUAUAUUAAUAGGCGACUGCUUGCAUAAAUUAAUGGGCACAAUUCGCCAUGUGAUUUCCAUUCUAUCCGAUAAGCGAUACGUGAUUAUCAUUGGGCCUUAUUUGCCAUGCCGCACUCUAAUCAAGUGCGAGUGUACCCCAAAAUGAUUAGGGCUAGUAAUAUAAUACUAAAUCCUUUAAUCUCCUGAGAUGUACAUAUGUAUAUGUUAGUUCUUUGUUUCAAAUGUCACCGAAAUGAAUAGUCUACACUAUCGAUGUUUUCAACUGAAAAUCAUUUCAAAUCGAUUGCACUUGACAACGAUGUUUUUGCAGCACUAGCGUAAUAUAGUGAAUCCCCCAUAUAGAAGUUCUACUGUACACAUACUGUACAUACACAUAUAUGUAUGUACACUUUUGGCAGUGCGUCAAAAUUAUUGUGGCAAGAGUUUGGCAAGGCAAUUACACAAUGUCGAUGGCCGAAACGCUAGACUAUCUCAUCCUGGGCAAUCCAGUCAGUCAGAUGGUCAUCGCGUCGGCGAACGCCUUCUUGGAGAUCAUCGGCCUGGAACCUUGGCAACCUUGGCCAGUGGAGGAUUCCAUCCUGACACUGCAUCCAUCGGCGGCGCAAUCGUAUAUGCGUUCGCAUAACUCACUGUAUUGCCUCGCCGGAUGCCAUUACCAUUUUGUGCGGCUGGCGGGGAUUGGCGGCGCAUCGGCUAUCUUUAUGAGUGCCUACUGCAAGUAUGUGCUGCGGGACAUCGAUGGCAUCAGGGAGCAACUGGACUCGCAGGCAUUCGCCGAUGUGGCCAAUCGCAUCCACUUCCUGCACUCCUUCGCCCUGAUGGCCAUGCCCCUGGCCCACUAUCCCUUCCUCACCGGCACCCUAAUGAUCACCGGCACCCUCGCCUUCAGCGGUUCCAUGUACUAUCGCGCCCUGACGGGUGAGAAAUGGAUGCAGCCGUAUGCCACCAUGGGAGGAUUCUGCCUGAUGGCCGCCUGGCUCUCGUUGGUGCUGUAGAGAAUUACAGAAUAACCGAUCACUGCUUGUGCAUACCUUGUCCAAAUGGAUCCCAUUCCACUUACUUAGCUGGCAGUAGUAUAUAGUGAAUAUAGUCAGUCCUAAAAGUGAAGUCUAAGCAGGCCUUUGCCGCCGAUGGAAGACACUUUUAAGAUCUAUAUUGCUAUGAUCUGUUCUGCCCAAUGUAAAUCAAAUAAACAAUACGAAAGUACCAUCUAAAAACCGUUUACUUUUUUAAUUUAAUAUUUCUGAUAUUAUGUUUCUAAUAUGCAAAUUAUUGCCUCAAAGCGUCUAACGACUUCUUUGAAUCCCCAUAUAAU